CAUCACUCUUUAUUUCAGCACUGUUUUGCAGGGUAUAAGACUUCAGCCCCACAACAGCCAGGUGACAGCAAAGGGUAGCGGGGGAAAUGAUGAGAGCCCCCAGAUGAAAGGGCCACCACUAGAAAAGUUGGGACAAGUAGGGGAAAGGCUGCCCACAGUGGGGCACGCGCUCUCCGGAUCAGGCACCUCCAAAUACCCCAAACGUAGACGAUCAGAAGCCUGGUGAAGGUGGGAAUGUCCCAAAGGGAAUCCCGCGAAAAGAGCCAAGAUGGACCCAGAGGGAGAAGCGGUGUCCUGUCCUCCGGCUUUGCUCAAAGGGGUAGCCGGCGUGAAAGGGGCGGGGGCGGCGAUGGGCAGCAAGGGAGGAGAGGAGGGGCGAGGCGCCGCGGAAGGCCCCCUCCCCUCGCUCUCCCUCCCUUCCCCUUCCCCGCCGGGCACCGGAGCGCAACCCGCCGAGGCCCGGCCGCUGCAGGGGGAGGCGCCAACUCGUCGCGGCGCCAGGCCCCCGACCGAGCAGUAACGGCGACCCAGGAGGCGGAGCGGACGUCGCUCGGGCCUGCGCUGCAUCACAUUAACCCUCAUAAGGAUAUAGAAGGAAAAGGAAUAAAGAUGACUGCUGAAUAUUGGGCUCCAGAAAUUUAAAACAAUCAGGGACUGCAAGGACUGAGUCCAUAUGGAAGAAGAACUACCCCCUUUCUAUGGAGAAAGUGGCAAGCCAGUGCAGGCUACUCUGUCAUCUUUGAAGAUGUUAGAUGUGGGAAAGUGGCCGAUUUUCUCCCUUUGUUCUGGGGAAGAACUGCAGUUAAUUCGUCAGGCUUGUGUCUUUGGCAGUGCUGGCAAUGAAGUUUUAUAUACUACAACAGAUGAUGAGAUUUUUGUGCUUGGCACAAACUGCUGUGGGUGUCUGGGAUUAGGCGAUGUACAGAGCACCAUUGAACCUCGGAGACUGGAUUGCUUAAGUGGUAAAAAGAUAGCUUGCCUCAGUUAUGGGAGUGGUCCACAUAUUGUCCUUGCAACAACAGAAGGAGAAGUCUUUACGUGGGGUCAUAAUGCUUAUAGCCAGCUGGGCAAUGGGACAACUAACCAUGGUUUAGUGCCCUGUCAUAUCUCUACUAAUUUGUCAAGCAAACAAGUCAUUGAAGUUGCCUGUGGGUCUUACCAUUCUUUGGUGCUAACAUCUGAUGGAGAGGUAUUUGCCUGGGGUAAUAAUAACUCCGGGCAGGUAGGAUCUGGAUCGACAGCUAAUCAGCCAAUUCCUCGAAGAGUCACUGGUUGCUUGCAGAAUAAAGUAGUUGUGAACAUAGCUUGUGGGCAGAUGUGCUCGAUGGCGGUGGUAGAUUCUGGGGAGGUCUUUGUCUGGGGUUACAAUGGGAACGGGCAGCUCGGACUUGGCAGUAGUGGCAACCAGCCAACCCCUUGUCGAAUAGCAGCUUUGCAAGGCAUUCGUGUCCAGCGGGUUGCCUGUGGCUAUGCGCACACAUUAGUAUUAACCGAGGAAGGCCAAGUGUAUGCUUGGGGCGCAAAUUCUUAUGGCCAGCUGGGCACUGGCAAUAAAAGUAACCAGUCCUAUCCUACUCCUGUUGUCGUGGAAAAAGACAGAAUUAUAGAGAUCGCAGCCUGCCACUCUGCCCACACCUCGGCUGCCAAGACCCAGGGCGGGCACGUGUACAUGUGGGGCCAGUGCCGGGGCCAGUCGGUGAUCCUGCCGCACCUCACCCACUUCUCCUGCACCGACGACGUGUUCGCCUGCUUUGCCACCCCCGCUGUCUCGUGGCGCCUCCUGUCCGUGGAACCUGACGAUCAUCUCACCGUGGCGGAGUCACUGAAGAGGGAAUUUGACAACCCUAAUACUGCAGAUCUGAAAUUUCUGGUGGAUGGAAAAUACAUUUAUGCACACAAAGUCCUUCUCAAAAUUAGGUGUGAGCAUUUUCGUUCCUCAUUAGAAGAUAAUGAAGAUGAUAUUGUAGAAAUGAGUGAAUUUUCAUAUCCUGUUUACCGAGCCUUCCUGGAAUACCUGUACACAGACAGCAUCAGCCUGCCUCCCGAGGAGGCAGUAGGAUUACUAGAUUUGGCUACAUUUUAUAGAGAAAAUCGCUUGAAAAAGCUUUGCCAACAAACUAUCAAGCAAGGAAUCUGUGAGGAAAAUGCCAUUGCACUGCUCUCAGCUGCCGUGAAGUACGAUGCUCAGGAUUUAGAAGAAUACUGCUUCAGAUUUUGCAUAAACCAUUUGACUGUAGUAACACAAACUUCAGGUUUUGCAGAAAUGGACCACGAUCUCCUGAAGAACUUUAUCAGCAAAGCAAGCAGAGUUGGAGCAUUUAAAAAUUGAUCCUUAACUGUGGGAAUUUUAUUAUUUUCAUUUUCACUGCAAAAGCCAGAGAAUUAAUUUCUCUUUAAUAGUUAUUUAUGAUGAGCUGCAUUUUGCUGAAAACUUAUGUCUCAUUAAAAGGAUUGUAGUCAGUAUUGCUAUUUUUGAAAUUCAGAGUUUACAUAGAAGGCAUUAAAAUGUUCUGAUAGAUGUGAUUAAGCUCAGGGGAAUAAGUGAAAAUGUCUUACUAUAUUAUAUCAUCUUUUGAGUCGCUUAAGUUGGACAUUUUUGGUACAAUGGUCUAUGUUCUUCUGGUCAAAAGUUCCAUUAUUCAACAGGCUGAUAUCAUAAGAUACUUAGACAAGAAAUGCUGUCACUACCAUGUGUUCUGCAGCCAGUACAAUGCCUUGCAUACAGUAAGCACUCAGUUAAUUUAUUAUAAAACUUAGGUAUGCCCUGAGAAUGGUUUCAUUUGUGGGAUACUGGAUGAGGGAAUAACUUGUACAAACACAAAUUUAACACAGCUUACAGCUAGGUGUUUAAUUUGAGGUUCAUGUCCUUCAAGUGGAUGUUCUGAGGAACAGUGGUUAAUUUAGAAUAUUAGAACUUACAAAGGCUUUGGCAAUUGUUGGAGCUCAAGGGCUAAUUUUAACUUUCUGUUUGAGACAUUAAUUCUUAUAUGGAAUUGCUAAAUAUGAAGUGCCGUCUUUGAAUGAAUGUUUCCUGGGCUUAUCUGUCUUACAUAACUGCAUAAUGUCCUUUCACAUUUGUGUUAAAGGAGAUUUGCCUCCGUAAGCAAAACUGUUUUUCUUGUAGUUGACUUUUACAUCACUAUAAAGUAAGUCUCUUAAAGUGGCACAGUAUAACCAUAAAGUACUAGCUGAAAAGGAAUUAAUACGUACAUUUCAUGGUCAGCAUUUAGAAGAAUGAGAUGAAUUUAUACUUUUUAGAUUAAAACAACUUAUACAGAUGCACAAGAAUAACUGCAAGGUGGAAGGUAGGCUAUAGAUUCUUCUAAUAUGUAUUUUACAACAUGAUAUUAUGUAAAGAAAAUGCUUUGGAAUUAGAAACCUUGUUCUGAUGCUGAACUAUUUGAUAAUAAAAGCUUAUUUACAGAUUAUAGAACAAAUGUGUCUUUUUUAGUUCCUUGGAAGCAGCAAAGUUAUAUUAACCUCACAUCUUUUGAAUAUAUGAUACACUUGAUAUAAACUUGUAUUUUAAAGUAGUUAUUCAGGUAGAAGGUAUCAUAGCAAAGUCCACCCUAAAACAAAUGAUUUUCAAACAACUGACUCACAAUUCAUAUUGUUGUCUAAGACUGCUCUUUAUUGGAGAGGUCACUUUUAAAACCUUAGUUUCUUUUAUUUGUGUCUGCAAACCUCAUCUAGUAGAGAGAGUAAAAUCUAGGUGCUGCUAGUUCUAAAUCAGAAUGCUACUUUUGAAAAAUUAAAGUCUUAAUUAGCUGUUAUUUUAAAAGUUAGCCGUAUGCCAUUUUUCUUUUGGUAGAUUUGCAUUUUUAUCCAGCAAAAUUAUAUGACCUAUGCUAUCCUAGUUCUUCUUCACUCUUGACGUUUACCCUAACCAAAGCCUUUACACCUUUACAGUGUCUUCCAAAGCCUUAUUAAGAAAGGUUGGAUAGAUUUUAAUCCAGAUUUUCUAAGCAUUGUGAUAUGCAGUUUUGUACUUCCGUAUCUUGGUGAUUCUGGGGACAAUAUAAUAUCUGUCAAACUUCUACGAAACACAAAUUAAAGAUUCUAACUCAAUAUACUUAAAAAGCUUCUCGAGUAAUUUUGAUCUUUAGCCAACAAUGUGAAAAUCAUUGCUUUAGCCCUUAAAACCAGGGACUCUAAAUAACAAGGAAGAACUAAUCACAGGCCAGGUUGAAAAAUCACCAAUGAAACCCAUGUCUCCGAGAAUACUGGCUUUCUCUCUGCACUUGGAAAGGCUUGUCACUAACACUUCUAUGUACAGGAGAACACUAUUUCUUGUAUUUCUAACAGCUGGAUAUAGACCGUUAAAAUCCUGCUCUUCAAUUAGGGAUAUG